GUGACAGGCGAAUGUCGAUAGGGUGGCACCGGCUAUACAGCUUCAGGGUACCAGAAGAACAAUGAAGAACAUAUGCAUAAUUUUAGAUCAUGGAUUUUCAUGGGCUUUACCAUUGGCGCUUCAAGUUCUAUGACUUUCUAUGACCUAUGAUUCCACCGGCCUCGCUCCCCGUACCGUCCUUGGUCUCUUUGCGCCGCUGGUCCCGCCCCACCGGCCUCACGGCAGCGUCGUCGGUUCCCAGCAGCGACGUUCCGGGCAGAAGCUCAUGGGACUUUUUGGCCGGAGGGUCUUGGGCUGCGUGCAGAUUCCCAGCGACGUGACACUGGAGGAUGAAGCGCCACCCUUUGCGGAGAAAAUGGGUGUGGACCUUGAGAUGGCGAAGGUCACCUUCGACUCGGAGGACAUUUGCGCAGGGACCUACCUGCGCGCCAUGCACAGGGAGGAGCUCACCAAGGGUGCCAAGCUCCUAGCGCUUGCAGCAGCCAGCCGAGGGCGGAGCUGCGAUAUCCUCGGCUUGUCCUGCACCUCAUUUUCCUUCACGUUAGGCUCAGCCAAAGUCCGCGAGCAAAUCAGUGCAGGCUAUCCGGGUGUGCCAGUCACCGACAUGGCCACCGCGCAGCUGGAGGCGCUGAAAGCGCUGAAGGCGCAGCGGGUGGCUCUUCUGACGCCCUACAUCGAGGAGCUCAGCCGUGCGAACGCUGAGAUGUUGGAGACCAUGGGCCAAGUCCAAGUGGUCAACAGGUUGACCAUGAACCUCCCCCGUGACGAGCUCACCAGCGCUGUACCACCAGCAGAGAUUGUGGCUUGAACGUGCGAGCGCUACCAGCACCGGGCCGGCAGGGUUGCCGGACUUUCGGGUGGUUCUUUCAUGUUCGAAGAAGCAAGAGGCACCCGUAAAACGGCACUGGACAGACUUGCCAAGAAGUGUUUUUUGGGAUGAGCAUCCUUUAGGUUCUGCUGACUAGUGACUAGCUUGGAGGUGGUUUCUUUGGGACGAUGGGCCCCUCUCAACUCGAUGGACCGAGAGCACCACCCAACACCCAACCCAACACCUCCGCCCCUCGUCCCCCGAGGCCGAGUGGGCGGUGCGCGUGGAUCGGCCGGAGGCGGAUGUGGUGGUGAUCGGCUGCAGCGGCUUCCGGGCAUGUCAGCCGGACUUCCUGGACCCGCUGGAGGCCCGGCUGGGAAAGCCGGUGGUGACCUCAACCCAAGCGUUUCUGUGGCACAUGGACGCUUGGUGGCUGGUGGCUGGGUGACACACAGACCUCAGAAGACUCCAACCAACUGAGAAUGUCAGGGAAUAUGUAUAGCUGACAGCCUUUUCUUUGGGAUUGCCACACUUCUGCCGGGUACUUCUGACAGACCCC